AUGUCCAACUGGACCACAGUGACUGAAUUUCUCCUCCUGGGGUUCUCCAACACUUGGGAGCUGCAGAUUUUACACACCAUUCUCUUUCUGGUGGCAUACAUGGCAUCCCUGAUUGGGAAUCUCCUAGUUAUCAUGGUUAUAGUUCUCGACCACCACCUUCAUAGCCCUAUGUACUUCUUCCUGAUGAAUCUGUCCAUCCUAGACCUCGGAACUAUCUCUGUCACCAUCCCCAAAUCAAUAGCCAAUUCUCUGCUGAACACCAGGUCAAUUUCCUAUGCUGGAUGUGUCGUCCAAGUCCUUUUCUUCUUCUUCUUCCUUGCAGCUGACUUCUCUUUCCUUACCAUCAUGGCAUAAGAUCGAUACGUUGCCAUCUGCAAACCACUGCACUAUGAGACAAUCAUGAACAGGAGAGCUUGCAUCCAAAUAACAGCCAGUGCAUGGAUCUGUGGUUUUCUAUAUUCUGCUCUGCACACUGGUAACACCUUCAGUGCAUCUUUCUGCCAAGCUAAUAUCAUCAACCAGUUCUUCUGUGAAAUCCCCCAGCUACUCAAGCUCACUUGCUCUGAUUCAUACUUUAGACAGCUUGGAAUAAUUGCUGUUGGUGUGUGUAUAACCUUUGUCUGUUUUGUUUUCCUAAUUGUAUCAUACAUUCAGAUCUUCAGCACAGUUCUCAGAAUCCCAUCUGAGCAAGGCCAGGACAAAGCCUUCUCUACCUGCCUUCCUCACCUCAUUGUGGUCUCCUUGUUUAUUAGCACUGGUACCUUUGCCUAUAUGAAACCUAUAUCCAGAUCCCCAUCAGCUCUUGAUCUCAUAGCAGCCAUUCUCUAUUCUGUUCUGCCUCCAAUAAUCAAUCCAAUAAUUUACAGCAUGAGGAACAAGGACCUUAAAUGUGCCCUGAAGAAAAUGAUCCAGUGCAGGUAA